AUGGCUUCACAGAAGCGCAAUGCGCCUGGUACAUUGCUAUACUCUUUGCCUACAGUAGCCUUCUUCAUGAGUGGCAUUGGACUCUUUGCAAUCGGUCACUUAGUAUCCUACUACAUUCUUGGUCUUGCAUUUCCGACAUUCCGUGGAUCUAGACCCUGGCGCAUUUUAAUUGCCAUCAUAAGAUAUUUUUUAUAUCGUGGGUUCCAUGUUACAUCACUUGGAUUUAACUCGGCUCCCGUUGGAGUGUUGUUACUGGGACUUGCUGGAACAAUUUUCUUUUUUUGUAUGGAUCUAAUCCCUCAGCCGUACUAUUGGCCUUCGCUAGACUUUGGCGGCUCACCACCAUUAGAAACAAGAUCCGGAUGGUUGGCUUUGGGGUGCAUGCCAUUUGUAUUUAAUGGUGCUACUGCAACAAAAACGAACUGGAUUACCUUACUGACAGGCGUCUCGCACGAGAGGCUCCAAAUAGCUUACGUCUUUUUUAUACUUGCGCUCUUGCACACAUUCCCGUUUAUUGUUUAUCAUAUCAGAUUUCACGAUAUGAAAAUGCAUUUCAAGAUGAACCUUUUGUUUUAUUGGACAGGUAUCGUCGCUUUGAUCUUCCAAGCCUGGCUUACGUUUGCAUCUCAUAGUGCCAUUCGCUGCUUUUCAUUUCCACCUUGUCAAGCACUGACACUGUCGCUUCCUUACAGGCACUACUUCAUAGGUACUGCCGCGGUAUAUGUACCCUGCUGUAUCUAUCCCUGGCUACGAACCUUGUAUGAGCAUCGUGUUCAAACAAAGGCUCAUGUCACAGUAGAGGACAACGGUUUCGUCCGUGUCACUAUUCCUGCAAACUUCACAUGGGAAAUAGGACAGCACUGCUUCCUACGCUUUACUGGCUUUGGGCUUUCAGAAGCCUUGUCAUCGCAUCCAUUUACGAUUUGCUCCUUACCAUCCACGUCUCCAGCUGACCAGUCGGUCCUUGUUUUCUAUCUCAAGAGACAUAAAGGUUUUACAGCAAAGUUGUAUGAGCACGCCUUACAAAACAUAGGAGCUCAGGUCUCAGUGCUGGUGGGUGGACCAUACGGGGGUAUCAACACACAACUAUUCCUGAACCACAACCAUCUCGUUGUCAUCGCAGGAAGUUCUGGAGCUGGAUGGACUUUGCCUUUUAUCGAACAGUAUAUCGCAGCCCACACAGCCGAGGACAACGAAGACUGCAGAGGAUAUCAAACGAACAGAUGCCCAUUUUCACCACUUCAUGUGAUAUUAGCAUGCCGAGAUGUCGAGAGCUUUGUGAGUGAAACCUUGCUCAAGUACACAGACAAGGUGGUCUCGAGAUUGCAUGUGCAACUCUAUCAUACCGGCGGAGCCUCACCUGUAUCAAUCAUCCCAUUGAACAGAAGCUCAGUUUCCAGACCGGAAGAAUCAGGAAUCGAAAAGGGGACCGAAAUUCCGGUAGCAUUCGACGAACUCCACGGUCGACCCGACUUGCCAGGAGUUGUGAAAAGGGUGGCAAUUGAGAUGACAUCUACUAACUCGCUUGGCGUAUACGUUUGCGGUCCAGACACUAUGCAGAAUGAUGUUCGAAAUACUGUCGCAUCUUUAAACUUGAAUAUUCUCAGGAGUUUAGUUUCAAUGGGAGCUUACUUACAUUCCGAACACGUCUCUUGGGCAUAA